ACGCGCACCGUUGUUAGCCAUAUUGAGACAAAUAUAUAGAAAAAACUCAAUUCGACAGGACAACAAAAUUGAUUUGUUACAGAAAAAUCGAAAUUAAAAACCCAAGAUAUUGUUGUGCACCUUAGAUAAUGUCCCACGCAACACCGCAGGGCGUUAAACUGUUGAAUGGCUUCAAGCGUCCCAAUCGGUUCGAGAAGGGUCUCGGCGCCCAGCUGCCGGAUGCCUAUAAGAAAUUCUGGCGCGAAUGGAAGCUAACGAAACCAGCUGCGGUGCAUUACAUACCCAAGGAGAGUGAGUGGGAACGCGACGAGGUCACGCAUGCCAUCAAACCGGUUCAGAAUAUACCAUUGCCGCUAAUCGAUACACCGGAAUCGCAUCACGGCAUUUGGGGUGGCGAAGCCGUCAUCAAGGGCUUCCAGAAGCGAGCACAGACAAAACGACGAGUUCCCCAUUUUUGGGUACCGACUCUGCGCCGCUCGGUGGUGCACAGUCAGGUGCUCAACGAAUACAUGUCCGUCGUUGUCACCGAACGCACACUGGAGCAGAUUCACGAAUGCCAUGGCUUCGAUCAUUAUCUGCUCAAGAAUUUGGCAUGUGAUUUGCGCUCGGCGCUGGCAUUGAAAAUCAAGCGAAAGGUUCUCAAGGCACUGCAACAGGGCUGUCCGGCAUGGCAGGCGGAGCCGAAUCAUCAGCAGGAUAUGCUCAAAGAAUACGGUCCGUAUCUGGCAUCCUAUACACCAGAUGAGAUCGACUGGUAUGGCCACACCUACCUCGAAGCCAUACGCAAGCUGCAGAAUCAAUUGCGCGCUGCGGAGCAAGUCCUCCCACAUAAGAUUGAAUUUCGCAGUAAAUUAAUUGAGCAGUUGCGUGAAGCGGGCAUUCCCGAGGCGGGCAAAAAGGAGUCAAAGGGUGUGAUUGCCAAUGUCGAACACAAAGAUGCGGACAUUGAGGCAUUGACCAAGCUUGAAUCAUCGCCCGCAUCUUCGAGCUGGCUAUCAAAAAUCAAUCCGUUUGGCAAGAAGGAAACGUAAAAGAUGUUCCGUAACAUUGAGCAGUGAGCAACUACUGGUUAUGUGUUGAAAAUUAAAAACAAAAAAAAAACAAUAUUAAAACUUGACUGGGAGUCUCCAGUACGUCAAAAUGAAUUCUUA